UCACAAAUUUUUGCAGUAGUUCAAAGUUUUAUGAAUUCAAUUCGCAAAGUGCUUUUAAAUAUGAAAUUUUCAUUAUUACUGCUUGUAGGUAGUUUUUGUUUCGUAGCUUCGUAUCCCACUAAUGGAACGGAGUCAGUAUACGUUCAAGUUCCAACACGAAGAAAUGUUGUCAUAUCGCCUGAAGAACCAGUUUAUUUGAAUGCUGUACGACGCUCAUCGCGAGUGGUCGGAGGUUCCAACGCACCGCGGGGAAUGUUCAACUACAUGGUCCGUUUACAUAUGCUUGUUCCUGGCGGAAUAAUUUUGUGUGGAGGAACUCUAUUCAGUGCAACUCAUAUAUUGACAGCUGAUCAUUGUAUCCCUAGUGGUACUCUAAACGGUAUUGAAGCUCAUCUCGGAGUGACACAGUGGAAUGGUCCAGACCAUCGUGUGUCACAAGUUGGAUGGUUUGUUAGACGUGGACAAGGAACGAAUCCAUUCGUUGAUUUAGCCAUAUUCGGCUUAAGCAGUCCCGUUCAGUUCUCGGACACAAUUGCGCCAGUUGGAAUGCCACGCCAUGGUCAGGCCAAUGAUUUCUUUGUAGGCCAAACUGGAUGGAUAUCUGGCUGGGGAGGCGUUAACGAUGGCUGGUUGAAAUACAUUCCGGUACGAUAUGUUACACAAGGCAAUUGUGGCACAUCAAAUCUUAUGUUAUGUGCAGCUGGUCGCGACAGUUUCAAUCAGAAUGUUGUUGGGGGUGAUAGUGGAGGGCCGAUUGUGAUUCAAACUGGCAGUUUUCAUACACUUGUCGGUUGCGUGAGUUUCGGAUUCAACAAUCACAUCGGAGGAACGCACGUGCCAAGAUUUUUGCAAUGGAUUACGGAAGUAACAGGAAUACUGUUUCCCCAGUAAUCAGUUUGAAACUUAUUUUCGCUUUUCGCAUCAAAUAAAGUAUUGUGCAAGAAAA